AUGGCAGCUAGAUCUGUCAGAGAAGGAGGCCCGGCCCUCAGAGGUCCCCUAGACUUUGCAGACAGUCCUCUUCGGGUCGCCGAGCGACAACCCCUGAUGCUGGGCGUCUUUCUCGACUUGCAGGACAGGAAGAUUUCCGACUUUCCCACGAGCAACAGCUGGACAUUCGACUACAACCUGGAUAUCGUACGCAAGGCCGAGGCCGCUGGAUUUGAAAUCGCAUUCAGCCGAAUGCAGUGGCUCCCAAAGGGUGGUUAUGAUGGCGAGGCCUCGCUGGAUGCUUUUAUCGCUCUGGGUGCAAUGGCUGCCGCGACCAGCAAGAUUCUGUUGAUCUCGACUAUUCAUGUCUUGUAUGGUCCACUACAUCCGCUGCAUAUCGCAAAAUACGGAGCCACCCUCGAUCACAUUUCGAAAGGCCGGUGGGGCAUCAACAUCGUGACAGGCCACCGAGCGAUUGAACACCAAAUGUUCGGAUGGAAUCGAAUCGAGCAUGACAAACGAUACGACAUGGCAGCCGAACUAUUCGACGUCGUCAACAGCCUCUGGGGCGAGACGGAGAAUCUAACGUACGAAGGCAGAGUCUCACCAUGGAAGCUGGAAAAUGCCUGGGUGACGCCGAAACCACAGUACGGUCGGCCUGUACUUGUCAAUGCUACUGGGUCUCCUGCGGGGAUCGACUUUGCCGUCAAAUAUUCCGACUUGGUUUUUAUCACCUCGCCCGCCGGAGCAGAUAUACACAGCGCUCUGGAAUCGCUGCCAGAUCACAUUGCAACCAUAAAGGACGUGGCGAAGAAGGCAGGCCGUGAGAUCAAGGUUCUGAUAAAUCCCAUCAUAGUCUCGAGGAAUACGCCAGAAGAGAGCGAAGCAUACCUGCAAGAGAUCGUUGAUGGUAUGAACACAGGUACUAAGGACAAGCGGACUUUUACAAGUUAUGACAGCGAUGCUCAUGCCUGGCGAGGACCGAACGGCGCACGCAAGCAGGGAUAUAACCUUGGUGCGAAUGUCGAGGUGAUAGGGUCUCCCAAGGAAGUUGUUGAGCAGCUGGUAGCUCUCCACAAAGUUGGCAUUGAUGGCGUUCAAUUGGGUUUCUACGAUUGGAAAGUGGACUUUGAUCACUUUUUGGAGAAUAUCCUUCCGCUUCUGAAGGCGGCCGGGCUGCGAGUUGAUUAG